GCGCAAGAAGAAGUACGGGACGCAGGUCGACUACCUGACGGCGCAGAAGAGAAAGCUCAACCGCAUCUUGCUCAGGUCGCAGAUGCUAAACACGAGGGACACCCUGGAGGCCAUCAUGAUCGGGGAGAACAUGCAGAUGAUCACGGACCAGCUGAAGGGCAUCGAGGAGGCGUUGACCGCCACGCUCCAGGCGCAUGGCAGCCUACAGUUCCGCAGCGAGGCCCCACCUAAAUACCCAUCGAGCAAGGAGUAUAUGAAGAAGCAGGUAGACGAGAUCAAUCACUUGGAGGACCAGGUCACGCCGAUCCGCGCGCAGCGCGCCAUGGAGCUUGCAAAGAUCACGUUGGCACCCCCAUGGGGCGCAGGAGACCCGAGCACGCGGGUGUUCCAUGGCUGGGCGCCUUCGGCAGAGGACAUCCCAGCAUGGAACAAAGACGACCCGAGCACGUGGGUAUUCUACGGAUGGAAGGAGAAGCGCCCAUGGGUGAACCACCAGAAGGGGCAGGGGAGUGAGAGCGAGAGCAAG